AUGCCUUACAUCAACGCAAUGUCAAUCUCAUCUCAAGGAAACUCUCCCAACUCUACCUCCGGAAGCGUUAGACAUUUCUCAAUGUCUCGGGACAAAUUCGACAUCGAUAUUGCCUCACCUCAACUUUCUAUCGUAACCAAUAGCGAUUUGACAUCUCCAACCUCUCUAAAAUCACCAAAUGGCCGUCGCAUCGCGAAUUUUUCCCGAGAAGGUAUCUUGGGAUCCGCACAAAAAGCUAGAAAUUUAUCACAAUCUUCCGCAGAUAGAGAAUCUAUCACAAAUGGACUACAAAGCAGACAAAAUCAUAAUCAAAACCAAAAUAGAAAUGGAAAUGGAAACGGAAACGGAAAUGGAAAUCAGAAUGGGAACAGUGAUGAUGGAAUCAAUCCGUUGAAAAGAAGGAGUACUGAUGCUGGCAUCGACUACCCCAGACGAAGAGCUACUAUAGCUUGCGAGAUAUGUCGAUCUCGAAAAUCACGAUGUGAUGGCACCAAGCCCAAAUGCAAACUUUGCACAGAAUUAGGUGCAGAAUGUAUUUAUCGUGAACCAGGAAUCAAACUCGAUGCCGGAGAUAAACUGAUAUUAGAGCAUCUUACUCGGAUUGAAGGAUUACUUCAAUCCACCUUAAUCGGACAAACAUCCAAUCUUGCUCUUUCAACCGGAUCGCCGUCUAUCAAUGGAGGAACCACAACCAGUGGUGAGGAUCUAUUAAUGGCAACUAGUGGUGGCUUUGUUUCUAUGAUACCUGCCACAGGUCUUGGCACGUGGGCUAUCCCCACCAAUAUCUCCACGAUGCCAAAAAUUCACACAAACGCUGCACUACACUUACUCCAAUGGCCUUUAAUUCGCGAUUUAGUAUCACGACCUUACGACCCUCAGAUUCUUCUUCAGCUCGAAAUGGCCAGAGAGCCACUUGCUUUGUCCAAAGCGCCAUGCUUAGAUCUAUCAAACACCUCUGCAUAUAUCGAAGCAUUCUUCGCCAAAGUAAACGUCUGGUAUGCAUGCGUCAAUCCAUUCAAUUGGACAAAUCACUACCGCGUCGCUUUAUCCAACGGUUUUCGCGAGGGCCCGGAAAGCUGUAUUGUCCUUUUAGUGUUGGCAUUGGGCCAAGCCAGUUGCAGUGGGAGCAUCUCCAGAGCAGUUAGUUCUGAAGAUCCUCCCGGGCUUCCAUAUUUUGCAGCGGCUUGGGCACUUCUUCCAAGUUUGAUGACGAGAAACACGGUAUUAUCAGCUCAGUGCACGGUUCUUGCUUCUGCAUAUUUAUUUUAUCUUGUAAGGCCAUUGGAAGCAUGGACCUUAUUGAGUAGUACGAGUACAAAGCUCCAGCUUCUCUUGAGUGCGCCUGGAAGGAUACCAGCAAGCCAAAGAGAAUUAUGCGAGCGAGUGUAUUGGAAUUCCUUGUUAUUCGAGAGUGAUUUGUUAGCCGAGUUGGAUUUACCACAUUCUGGGAUAGUCCAAUAUGAAGAAGUAGUAGGACUUCCAGGAGGUUUCGAGCAAGAAGACGAGGAUGGAGUGGGUCGCGAUGAGCUUUGGUACUUUUUGGCCGAGAUUGCUUUACGUCGAUUAUUGAACCGCGUCAGUCAACUCAUUUACUCGAAGGAUUCGAUGGCAUCGACAUCGAGCUUGGAGCCUGUUGUGGCCGAGCUUGAUUUUCAAUUAUCACAGUGGUAUGAAAGUCUACCUUUACCAUUACAGUUUUCUUAUACCCGAACCCCUCUUGCGGAUCCGGUUCAAACCGUAUUAAGACUGCGGUACUUUGCUUGCCGGACAAUCAUUUUCAGGCCCUAUAUUCUUGCGGUGUUGGAUAAUGAACAAGCAGCCAUGGAUCCGUCAGUUCGAGAGAAUUGUCGGAAAUGCCUUGAAGCUUCCAUUAGACAACUAGAGCAUAUCAGCGCACACCAUGCAGGUCACAUGCCAUAUCUCUGGCAAGGUGCGCUUAGUAUUGUCUCGCAAACGCUUCUCGUAAUGGGUGCCACUAUUUCCCCCUCCCUUUCCGCGAUCAUCAACUCACUCGUCAUCCACGAUACAAUCGACGGUAUAAUCAAUGACGUCGUCAUGGAAAUCGAAAGAUAUGCCCAUUUAGCGCCCAGUCUAAGUCUCUCUGCCGAGAUAAUCAGAGAAGCCGAAAUGCGAAGACGCAGCUACCUAGGCGGUUGA